GUAAGGGCGGUGUGGGGAACGAUUCUCAGCCACCUAGGAAGAGUUGACUGCUCGGUUAAUCCACGCACAACUCCGCCUAGCGGGGCUGGGAGCGCGAGCGCCCAAGUGGGCGGAGUGUAAACCUCGCCGCUGCUGGCAGCUACCUAUCCAUUCAGUCCGUCAGUCAGUCACCUAAAAUGGCUGGAGAGAGGAGAAGGUGGAGGAGAAGGAGGAGGUGAGGCGCAACGAGACGACACAGUAGCCCCUUCAGCCGCCUCCUCUCAAAGCAGUCUCCGACCUUCGGUACUGAGGGGAGUGCUUUAAUCAAGCAAGACUGCUGAGGGUUUUUUUGUGUGUGAAGUCUAAAGCUACCCUUUCGCCUCCCGUUUUCAUUUUUCAUAUUUUCUUUAAAUUAUAUGAUCGUUUCUCCUGAAGUCUUCGCCUUCACCCUUUUGAAACAUGUUGACCGGCCAAGACGAGAGCUCAGUCAGGGUCGCUGUCAGAAUCAGACCUCAACUAGCCAAAGAAAAGAUCGAAGGAUGCCACAUCUGCACUUCUAUCACUCCUGGUGAACCUCAAGUAUUCCUGGGAAAAGAUAAAGCCUUCACUUUUGAUUAUGUGUUUGAUAUUGAAUCCCAGCAAGAGGAAAUAUACAAAGAGUGUAUAGAAAAACUGAUUGAAGGCUGCUUUGAAGGAUACAAUGCUACCGUGUUUGCUUAUGGUCAGACAGGAGCUGGAAAAACAUAUACAAUGGGAACUGGAUUUGAUGUUAACAUAAUGGAAGAAGAGCAGGGUAUUAUUGCACGAGCUGUAAAACACCUUUUCAAAUGUGUUGAAGAAAAAAAGCAUGGAGCUAUUAAACAAGGACUUCCUCCUCCAGAAUUUAAAGUGAAUGCUCAAUUCUUAGAGCUUUAUAAUGAAGAAGUACUUGAUCUCUUUGACACAACACGUGAUAUUGAUUCAAAAAACAAAAAAUCAAAUAUCAAAAUCCAUGAAGAUUCAGCAGGAGGAAUAUAUACAGUAGGAGUCACAACACGGACUGUAAAUACAGAAGCAGAGAUGAUGCAGUGUUUGAAGCUGGGUGCUUUAUCUCGAACCACUGCCAGCACUCAGAUGAAUGUUCAGAGCUCACGUUCGCAUGCCAUCUUCACUGUCCACUUGUGUCAAACUAGAGUUUGUCCCCCAAUUGAUGCAGACAACAUGAUGGAUAACAGAAUAAUAUCGGAGUCACCUCAGCUAAAUGAGUUUGAAACCCUUACCGCUAAGUUUCACUUUGUGGAUCUGGCAGGAUCUGAAAGGUUAAAACGUACAGGAGCUACUGGAGAGAGGGCAAAAGAAGGCAUUUCCAUCAAUUGUGGACUAUUGGCAUUGGGCAAUGUAAUAAGUGCGCUGGGAGACAAAAGUAAGAAGGCAACCCAUGUACCAUACAGAGAUUCAAAAUUAACGCGACUGUUGCAAGAUUCUCUUGGAGGAAACAGCCAAACAGUCAUGAUAGCAUGUGUAAGCCCUUCUGACAGAGACUUCAUGGAAACUCUGAACACUUUAAAGUAUGCAAAUAGGGCACGGAACAUUAAGAACAAGGUGAUGGUUAAUCAGGACAGGGCUAGCCAGCAAAUUAAUGCACUGCGAAGUGAGAUUACUCGGCUUCAGAUGGAACUCAUGGAAUACAAAACGGGUAAAAGGAUAAUUGAUGAGGAAGGUGUGGAGAGUAUUAAUGACAUGUUUCAUGAAAAUGCCAUGCUACAAACGGAAAAUAACAACUUGCGAGUCAGGAUAAAGGCCAUGCAAGAGACUAUUGAUGCACUGAGAGUCCGAAUCACACAGCUUGUGAGUGAUCAGGCCAACCAAGUUCUUGCCAGAGCAGGAGAAGGAAAUGAAGAAAUCAGUAAUAUGAUUCACAACUACAUUAAGGAAAUUGAGGAUCUCAGGGCCAAACUACUGGAAAGUGAAGCGGUGAAUGAAAACCUUCGGCGCAACUUGUCCAGAGCCUCAACAAGGUCAACGUACUUUGGUGGUCCCUCAGCAUUUUCUGCUUCAAUGCUUCCAGCUGAUAAAGAGACAGUUGAGAUUCUUGAUAUAGCUAAAAAAGACUUGGAAAAACUGAAGAAAAAAGAAAAGAAGAAGAAGAAGAGGCUGCAGAAACUUGAGGAAAGUCAAGAAGAAAGAAGUGCUGUUAAGGAGGAGAACACAGAUAAUGAACAGGAGAAGAGGGAUGAAAAGGGCAUUUCUGAAAGAGAGAGCCAUGAACUAGAUGAAGAAGAGGUUCAUGAGCUUAGUGAUCAUGAAGAUGAGGAGGAAGAUGAAGAGGAGGAGGAUGAUGACAUGGAAGUUGUUGAAAGUUCAGAUGAGUCUGAUUCGGAUUCAGAUGAAAAAGCAAAUUAUCAGGCAGAUUUAGCAAACAUCACAUGUGAAAUUGCUAUAAAACAGAAGCUGAUAGAUGAAUUGGAGAACAGCCAACGAAGACUUCAGACUUUAAAAAGGCAAUAUGAAGAGAAGUUAAUGAUGCUACAGCAUAAAAUUCGAGACACUCAACUUGAAAGAGAUCAAGUGCUUCAAAACCUGGGUUCAGUAGAAUCUUGCUCAGAGGAAAAAGCCAAAAAGAUUAAAUCAGAAUAUGAAAAGAAACUCCAGUCUAUGAAUAAAGAGCUGCAGAGACUACAGACUGCUCAGAAAGAACAUGCACGGCUACUUAAAAAUCAGUCUCAGUAUGAAAAACAACUGAAAAAAUUGCAACAGGAUGUUACAGAAAUGAAGAAAACAAAGGUUCGUCUGAUGAAGCAGAUGAAAGAAGAGCAAGAGAAAGCCAGAAUGAAUGAAUCUAGAAGAAAUAGAGAAAUUGCACAACUCAAAAAGGACCAGCGAAAACGAGAGCAUCAAUUAAAACUUCUGGAGGCUCAGAAGAGAAAUCAAGAAGUUAUUUUACGCCGCAAAACAGAAGAGGUUACAGCUCUCCGUCGGCAAGCAAGACCUGUGGCUGGUAGGGUGAGUCGGAAACUGAGUCUUCCUGAGCACGCUAACCAAGAACCAGUUUCUAGUCUGUCCUCAGUAGACAAUGAUGGAUCAAGAACAGCAUCACAACAAAAGUUGAGAAUACCUGUAGCAAGGGUCCAAGCGUUACCUGCAGCCACAACCAAUGGAACUAGGAGUAAAUAUCAAAGAAAAGCUCUGACCACAAGAAUUUAUUCCUCAAAGGCAGCCAGAAUGAAGUGGCAGUUACUUGAACGUAGAGUGACUGAAAUCAUAAUGCAAAAAAUGACCAUAUCCAACAUGGAGACUGAUAUGAACAGACUACUUAAGCAACGUGAAGAACUUACCAAAAGGAAAGAGAAACUUUCAAAAAGGAGGGAGAGAUUUGUCAAAGAAGGUGGACCUGAUGCAGAUAAAAAUGUCCACAAUAUCAAUGAAGAAAUGGAGUCACUGACUGCAAAUAUUGAUUACAUCAAUGACAGUAUUUCUGACUGCCAAGCAAAUAUCAUGCAGAUGGAGGAAGCAAAGGAGGAAGGAGAUACUUUGGAUGUCACUGCUGUGAUCAGUGCCUGUACUCUAACAGAAGCUCGGUAUUUACUUGACCAUUUCCUUACAAUGGGCAUUAACAAGGGUCUCCAAGCAGCCCAGAAGGAGGCUCAGAUUAAGGUUCUUGAAGGACGUCUCAAACAAACGGAAAUUACCAGUGCUACUCAAAACCAGCUGCUAUUUCACAUGUUGAAGGAAAAGGCAGAAUUGAAUCCUGAACUUGAUGCUUUACUGGGUCCUGCUUUGCAAGACCUAGAUAGUGUACCGCUGGAAAAUGUAGAAGAUAGUAGUGAUGAAGAUGCUCCUUUGAACAGUCCUGGAGCUGAGGGAAGUUCUUUGUCUUCAGACCUGAUGAAACUUUGUGGUGAAGUCAAGCCUAAAAAUAAGGCACGUCGGAGGACCACAACGCAGAUGGAAUUGCUUUAUGCUGAUAGUAGUGACUUAACCUCUGAUACUAGUUCAGGGGACACAGCUUUGGCUGGCCCUCUUGCAUCUGUUGUAGAAGCUCAGGAAGGUGGAAUGAACACUGAUAUAAAAGAGUCUGCUAGGGAUAGAGAAGUCAUUUCCUCACCAACAGGCUUACCUUCUAAAAUUGGCAGCAUGUCUAGACAGUCAUCUCUGACAGAAAAGAAAAUACCAGAAGCCUCACCCUUAUCAAAGAGAAAGGCCUAUGAGAAAACUACAGAUAAACCAAAGUCAAAAGAACAGAAACACUCAGAUUCGGGAACCUCAGAGGCUAGUCUGUCACCUCCUUCCUCCCCACCAAGCCGGCCCCGUAAUGAACUGAAUGUUUUUAGCCGCCUUACUGUUUCUCAGGGAAACACAUCAGUUCAGCAGGAUAAGUCUGAUGAAAGUGAUUCCUCUCUGUCGGAGGUACACAGAGGAAUAAUCAACCCAUGCUCUUCUUCAAAAUGUGUUAGAUCUUCAAUUCAGUGUAUUCACAUUGCGGAAGGUCAUACAAAAGCUGUACUUUGUGUUGAUUCUACCGAUGAUCUCCUCUUCACUGGAUCAAAAGAUCGCACCUGUAAAGUAUGGAAUUUGGUAACUGGACAGGAAAUAAUGUCUCUGGGUGGUCAUCCCAACAAUGUUGUAUCAGUAAAAUACUGUAAUUAUACUAGCCUGGUCUUCACAAUCUCAACAUCUUAUAUUAAGGUGUGGGAUAUCCGUGAUUCUGCCAAGUGUAUUCGGACACUAACGUCUUCAGGCCAGGUGAUGCCAGGUGAUGCUUGCUCUGGAAGUACCAAUAGAACAGUAACAAUUCCAGCUGGAGAGAACCAGAUAAAUCAAAUAGCCCUAAAUCCAACAGGCACUUUCCUCUAUGCAGCUGCUGGAAAUGCAGUGAGAAUGUGGGAUCUAAAGAGGUUUCAGUCUACAGGAAAACUAACUGGUCACCUGGGCCCUGUUAUGUGCCUUACAGUAGACCGCAUUUCCAAUGGACAAGAUCUCAUCAUUACUGGCUCAAAGGACCACUAUAUAAAGAUGUUCGAUGUAACUGAAGGAGCUCUUGGAACUGUAAGCCCUACACACAACUUUGAACCUCCUCAUUACGAUGGCAUUGAAGCACUUACUAUUAUGGGAGACAGUCUUUUUAGUGGAUCCAGAGAUAAUGGAAUAAAAAAGUGGGAUUUGGCUCAGAAGGACCUCAUUCAGCAAGUUCCCAAUGCUCACAAGGAUUGGGUGUGUGCUCUUGGACUAGUUCCUGGUUCCCCUGCCCUCCUCAGUGGCUGCCGUGGAGGCAUUCUGAAACUCUGGAAUGUAGAUACAUUUGCACCAAUAAGCGAGCUGAAAGGGCACGAUAGUCCCAUCAAUGCCAUCUGCACCAAUUCCAGCCAGAUUUUUACAGCAUCAGAUGAUCGAACUGUGAGAAUCUGGAAAGUUCCCAGUAGCCUAGAUGGACAGAUCUCAGAUCCAGGAGAUGCAAGUGAAGAUGUUGCCAGUAAUUAGAUGGGAAUUGCCGUGCUAAACAUCUCAAGCUAUAGCGAUAGACUGUGCUCUUCCUGCAAGUUUCUUUGCAUCCAGUAGGCAAACACUAGCUGCUGGGGGUAAACCCUGGAAAAUGCCGCUCAGCUCUAGAGUUGUGUGUUGUAUUCAGCUAAAACUGCUGCCCUUCAGAACUGUCCUGCGUACUGUAUUUAAAACACUUGUCUGUUGGUGAUUAUAAGCUUGUCUCACAUGUAAUGGCUGGGUUUCUGUGCAUAUAUAAGCCUUGUAAGUUAAACAACUGGAAGUCUGUGUUGGCUUGAAUGGCAGUCUCAAAAGCUGUAACCUAGAUUAUGAAAGUGCCCUAUGUACCUCACUCUCUGACCCUUCUGUUCGACUGAACUUCACUUCAUGGUUGUAUGGAAUGUGUUGGAGCAUCUAUAUUUUCAUUUCCCAAGCCUUUAGUAGAAGAGAAUUGGGGGUCCUAAUGAGUUUACUUUUAUUUUGCUGCUGUUCAAAACAUUAAGACUGGAAGAGGGGACAGAAGGAAGAAAUCUAGUCUGAGACAGAUUACUGACCUGACUAUAUCAUGCUAACAGUGAAUGCCAUAUGACCUGCAUUAAUUGUUAGCAUUCAUUCUUGUUGACCAAAGUUAUGCAGCUAUGUAUACUCUCUGCUCAGGACUAGAACUAAAAUACUGUUGAAUUGUUAACAUUUUAUUAGUGCUUUGCCUACCACAGUAUUCUUAACAUUGAAAGAAAUGUAUCUUAAUCUGUUGUUUUUAUGGACCUGUUCUAUCAUCUCACAUGUUUGUUUGUCUGUUUGUUUGUUUGUUUUAAGUAAAAGUCCUUCCUUUUAAUCGCAUUUGAUAUGCUGCUAAAUGUAUUUUAAAUAUGUUGUUUGUUAACCUUGGCAGUUACCUUAAAAAAAACUGUACCACCUGUGUCAACAGAGGCUGUGUAAAUACAUGGGUUGUAAAGAGAGAUUAUCUUAACCAUGUGCCUGUGUGAAUUUUUUUAAAAUGCUGUAAAGUGUGGAUAUUGAGCGAGAGGGAUGUAUAAUUAUUCAGCUUGUCAGAACAUUAAUUUGUAAAUUCAGCAAGUUUUAAAAGUUUGUAAUAGAUUCAGGAACAGCAUUUAUUUGUUUUGUUGGGUUUUGCUAGCAGAGGAGAUGGGCCUGUAAAUGUACAGCUUGUGGUAGUUGAUGCUUAAAUUAAAAAAAUGUGAAUUGA